AUGAACCCACAACAGAGCAGCCAAUGGGAUGGGCUUCGGCAUUUCUCCCAAACAGUCCCGGGUCAGACGGAGAGACUGUUCUAUGGGGGUGUGACCUCCCAGGAGAUCAAUGAUCGCCAGAAUGACCGGAUUGGCAUGCAGCAUUGGGCACAAGAGGGCAUUGCUGGUCGUGGAGUCUUGAUCGACUAUGCAUCGUGGGCCGAGAAGAAGGGCAUCAAGUACACCACGUUUUCAACCCACCAGGUGCGCCUCACGGACAUCCUGGAGAUCGCCAAGGAAACCAACAUCACGUUUCAGAAGGGCGAUAUCCUCUUUGUCCGUGUGGGGGUUACCAAAGAGUGGGAUACCGUGAUGACCGAUGCUCAGAAACAAGCAUAUUCAGACAACCCGGCUCCAGAACAUGCGGGAGUGGAGGCUACCGAGGAUGUCCUCCGCUGGCUGUGGGACUCUGGAUUCGCAGCUAUUGCGAGCGAUGCGAUUAGCUGGGAGGUAUAUCCCCCUCAGUCGCCUGACAUCUUUCUCCACGAGUAUGUGCUCGCGGGAUGGGGCAUGCCAAUCGGGGAACUGUUUGACCUCGAGGCCCUAGCGCGAUCCUGUCAGGAGCUGCACCGGUGGAGCUUCUUUGUGGCGUCUGUCCCAUUGAACAUGCCGGGUGGAGUAUCAUCUCCUCCAAACGUGAUGGCGAUCUUCUAA